AUGUCUGUGGCCAUAGCUGGUGCCGGCGCAGCGCUCGCAAGGUUACUACAGAAACCAGCACAAGGUCUUGCGACAUGUAGUCGGCAGCAACAUCUGCGCACGCGAGCGCAGCGAUUAAACGCUCGAAGGACUGCAACAGUAAGAGGGUUCACCUCGAGCGGACGAACACUCGAGAAACGGUACACAGAAGACCACGAGUGGAUCGACACCUCGAACCCCGAGCUCGCGUCAAUCGGCAUAUCCACCUACGCCGCAAAGGCCCUGGGUGACGUGGUCUACGUUGAGCUACCCACAGUUGGCACGGAAGUCAACAAAGGCGACGCAAUCGGCGCGGUCGAAUCAGUCAAAUCAGCUUCCGAUAUUAUGACGCCGGUUAGCGGCACGAUACAAGAGGUCAACCAUGUAUUGGAGGAGAAGCCGGGAAUGAUCAACAAGAGUCCGGAGGCAGACGGCUGGUUAGCGAAGAUUAAAGUGAGCGAUGCUGCGGAGAUGGAUGGGUUGAUGGAUGCGGAGAGUUACCGGAAAUUCACGGAGGACGUGGACAAGAAGUGA